AUGUCGCCCGCCCGUGCCAUGCCCACCGUCGAGACUGUUCCUGAGGCCCGGGACGCAGACCAAGGGCCCAAUGGCGAGCAACAACGAGAACACGAGAGGUCGGAUGACCAUCGUGGCACCGAGGUUAUGGCCUCCGACAAAAGCUGGCUGCCCUCGAUUAAAGACGACUUCCCAAUAAGGAGGCACCAGACGGGCUCACCACAGCUGCAUCCUUUACUGAAGCCCCGCCCGAGGAGCAGAGAUCGGCGGAGGAGCAGUGGGAUUCCGGUUGCGAGGCCUGACACGCACCGCCGCGCCUCAGCCGACUUCACCUGGCAUGGGUUCGAGGGAGACCACGCCGGCUCCAGUAUCUCGGAUCUCGACCCUCGAAACUCGGAUUCACGCAAGCAAACGAGACAGCAGAAGCGUGCGCGGCUGUCAUACCAACCUGGGCACUCGGGACUGCCGCUGCCCGCGGACAGAACCAAUGAUUGUGGGAGCUCAAGUAGCGACGAUUCAACGCCCAAGACAUCGUUGGACGGAAUGGUGCCCGAGUCACAACUUUCAACAGCUAACCAUGAUGUCGCCGUCAAGGCUGGAAAGCCCUCCAUUCCGGACUUUCUCGAUAAGCUGGACGAGGAUGCGCCAGCAGUGGGAGCCGACGGCAUCGAGCAAAGCAUGGAGGAGGCUGCAUCAUGGGGUGGCACCAACAACGACGGCAAGGCAUCACCGAGUGCCCACAGCGCGUCCUCGUCAUCGUCGUCCACAUCAGGCAGUCCCUAUAGCGAUCUGUCCUCCGAGAGAACAACAGACACCGAACGAAGCUCCAGCCCGGAGAGGAGCAGCGUGGACGGCGACGAGACCCCCGUGGCCCCGGUCCUCAACUUUGUCGAAAACAGUCUGCACGCCGCCAGCAAGCGCCGUAGCAGCCUCUUUGACGUGGAUCGGUAUGGCACGCCCGAGAUGCCACGAGGAACAGCCAACCUGCCACAUAUUCCCGUCAGCGUCUUGACUCCGCGGGUGCCUAACCAGGGCCACCCAAAGCACCUGCCACGGGCUGAGAAGCUGCCUCUGUCGGGCUAUGAGCUGCUCGCAUCGCGCAUCUCGGCGUCGUCAGAAUCAGGCCCCCGCAGCCACCCGGGCUCUGGCACGUCCUCGUCGACCGCCACACCACGUGAGCACAUUCCGAGACGUCACAGCAGCGCCAGCAACAUCGGCUACCGGAGCAGCCUGUUGGAGGCGGAGCCCGCCAUCCAGCCCAUCUAUCGAAGGUUCAAGGCCAUGAACCACCGGCUACUACUUCACCUGCAGGACGAGCUGAGCGAGUUGGAGGAGCAACUGCACAGGCUUGACACGGCAGACACCCAGACGAGGAGACUGCAGAACCGCAUACUACCCGCGAGCAGACGAGCAGAGGCCCUGGCCGGAGGAGAGCUCCAGUCGCACAAGACUGAGAUCCUGGCCAAGAUUGGGUUCAAGCUCAGCCAAUACAACCAUGCGAUGUCGUCCUUCACAGCCACGCGAGACAUCCCAUCGCCAUCCCCCUCCGACGUCAACGAAUACCGCCGCUACCUCACCCACCAACCAGUCACUGAGAUCGAGGCGCGCUUCCUAGACUCCACCGACGACCUCGUCACCCUAGCUCCGCCAACCCGAUCAUCACCACCACCAAGCCGCGCCCCGAGCCCCUUAUCCAGCGGGGCUAUGGCUGCUGCUGCGGCGGCCGCGCGCGACCACCACUACUACCAGGCCCUAAAGUCCACCCUCGACGCAGCCGAUUCCGCAUCCGCAUCCGCGCCCACGCCCGCAUCCGUGUCCGCAGCGGGGAUCCUCCCCGAGCCCGAGCCGUCCUCGCCAGUCCCUAUCCCCGGCACCAUGCACGGCAACUCGUGGCGCACCAACCGCGGCCACCUCCGCGGGAGCAGCAGCGUCAGCCACAGCCCCAGCCCGGGCCUGGGGGGAUUGGGCUCGGCCCCGCUGCCCACGCCGAGGGGGACGCGGCCGCGCUCGAGCUCGGAGGCGCUCACGCCGCGGACUUUCACGCCUCGGUCGAGCACCCCCGUGGGCAAGACGGAUGUCACCGCGCCCGCUGCUGCCGCCGUCUCCGCAGCCCUCCCAACGAUCAAAGUCGACCAGCCACCAACCACCGCCAUCAGCAACCCUGGGGAGAAGGAGGUGGGCGAGGGCUCGCCGGUGGUGCUUCACGUGGCCAUCGCCCUCGCCGUGGCGGUACUGCUUCCGAUCCUGACGUUCUCGACCAUCCCGGGGCUCGUGGGCCGCCUGAUCGUCGUGGUCCUGGUGGGCAUGUCUGUCGCUGGAUCGGUCGUGCAGUCUGGCAGCGUGGGGGCCCGCGCCGCGGGGGUCUAUAGCAAGGACUUGUUUAUGAGCGUUGCGGUUUACACGGGGGUCAUGGCUGUUGUGGCUGGGGUGCUCUAG